AUGGCAGCGUUACGUACAUUCAUAAAGCGUACAUAUCAAUCAUCAAAACGUGGCGUUUUUGAUUCAACUGAUUCUUCAUCAACAUCAACUUCAUCGACAGGCGUUCAUUUGAUUCAAGACAACAACAACAACAACAACAACAACAACAAUAGUAGUAACAACGGCGGUACAACAAAUGAUGGUUAUAAUUCCAGUUCAAGUCUUGGCUUGAAUGGAUACGAUGAUUUGAAUCGACCACUAAUACAAGCAAAUUCACACAGACAUCAUCAUAGAUCAUCAUCUGCACCAGUUCAACGAAAUCGUCACAGUAAUAGUAGACGAGCCGAGCAAAUGAAUCAAGCAAACAUGACUGAUUCAAAUAAUACAAAUACUUGCCUUAUUGAUAGAAAGUUACCAAAAGAAUUAUUACUAAGAAUAUUUUCUUACUUGGAUUAUCAAUCAUUAUGUCGUUGUGCACAAGUAUCAAAGUAUUGGAAUUCGCUUGCACUUGACGGCAGUAAUUGGCAAAGUAUUAAUCUGAAAACUUUUCAACGCGAUGUUGAAGGUUCUGUACUAGAAAAUUUAAGUAAACGUUGUGGAACAUUUCUGAAACGUCUAAAUAUUGAAAAUUGCAAAAUUAUAACCGAUUUGAAUAUGCGUGUACUAGCAAAUCAUUGCCCAAAUUUGGAUUGUUUAAUCGUAAAGAAUUGCACAAAAUUAUCAAAUACUUCGAGUUGUCCAAAUAUUGAAGUAUGUGAUAUAUCCUGGUGUAUGAAUAUCACCGAAAAUGGAAUACGUUCAUUAGCAGAAUCAUGUCCAAAAUUAACAGUAUUCAAAGCAGAAGGAUGCACACAUAUGACAAACAAUGCUGCUAUUGAAUUAUCAAAAUAUUGCCCCAAAUUAUUAUUUCUUGAUCUUAGCCGAUGUUCGUCAUUAACUGACGAUGGUAUGAUAUCAUUAGCUCAAAGUUGUCAUCAACUUGAAACAUUAAUCAUAGCCAACUGUGGAAGUUUAACAGAUAACACACUAAUCGCACUAGGAAGAAAUUGUCAUCAGCUAAAGCAACUGGACGCAACUCUAUGUCCACAAUUGACAGAUGCUGGUUUCCUAGUUUUGGCUCAAAUAACUGAUGAAACAUUGAAACAUCUUGCUGACAAUUGUCCAAAUCUUCACAUUCUUACAUUAUCCCGCUGCGAACAGAUAACAGAUGAAGGUGUAAGAUAUCUUGGUUCAAGUGCAUGUGCAGGUGAAAAUUUACAUGUAUUAGAAUUAGAUAAUUGUCCGUCAAUAACGGAUAGUUCAAUUGAUCAUUUAUUAACAUGUCAAAGUCUUAAACGAUUAGAUGUCUUUGACUGUCAACAAAUAACAAAAAAUGCUGUCAAAAAGAUUCAGACACGUUAUCCAGAUUUGAAUAUUCAUGCUUAUUUUACUCCGCGAACUCCAACACCGACCGGCCGUGGACGACACACGUGUCCAUGUGUUUGUACAUCGUGCAUACUGUGCCCUGCUACAUGCUGCAUUAUAGUUUGA